AUGGCUCCGAAAGUAUUUUGGCGUGCCGAAAGUCAUGCCGAAAGUCUUACCGAAAGUCGAAAGUCUUACCGAAAGUCGAAAGCCCUACCGAAAGUCGAAAGUAUUACCGAAAGUCUUAUCGAAAGUCGAAAGUCUUACCGAAAGUUGAAAGCCCUACCGAAAGUCGAAGGCCCUACCGAAAGUCGAAAGUCUUACCGAAAGUCGAAAGUCUUUCCGAAAGUCGAAAGUCUUUACCGAAA